CUGUGUUUUCUGGCUCUCGGCGGCACCCGUCCACGUCCGCCCCCACGUGACCCAAACAGAUCCGGGCACUUCCGCUUCCCCUCGGCUUUCUUCUCGUCAGUGUCCGCGGCGGGUCUAGAGCCGGGUCCCCGCGGAAGCGGCGGUGGUGGCGCCAUGGCGGAGCUGACGGCUCUGGAGAGUCUCAUCGAGAUGGGCUUCCCUAGGGGACGCGCGGAGAAGGCUCUGGCCCUCACGGGGAACCAGGGCAUCGAGGCUGCAAUGGACUGGUUGAUGGAGCACGAAGACGACCCCGAUGUAGACGAGCCUCUACCGACCCCCCUUGGACACGUCCUGGGACGGGAACCCACCUCCUCGGAGCCAGGCGGCCCUGAAGGAACCAGCUCUAACGCCGGAGAAGGCAAACCCGUUUUGAGUGAAGAGGAGAGACAGGAACAGACUAAAAGGAUGUUGGAGCUGGUGGCCCAGAAGCAGCGGGAGCGGGAAGAAAGAGAGGAGCGAGAGGCAUUAGAACGGGAACGGCAGCGCAGGAAACAAGGGCAAGAGUUAUCAGCUGCCCGACAGCGGCUACAGGAAGAUGAGAUGCGCCGGGCUGCGGAAGAGCGGAGGAGGGAAAAGGCUGAAGAGUUAGCAGCCAGACAAAGAGUCCGAGAAAAGAUUGAAAGAGACAAAGCAGAGAGAGCCAAGAAGUAUGGUGGUAGCGUGGGUUCUCGGCCGUCACCACCAACAGAGCCAGGCCCUGUUCCCUCCUCUCCCAGCCAGGAGCCUCCCACCAAGCGGGAAUAUGACCAGUGUCGCAUACAGGUCAGGCUGCCAGAUGGGACCUCACUGACCCAGACGUUCCGGGCACGGGAACAGCUGGCAGCUGUGAGGCUCUAUGUGGAGCUCCACCGUGGAGAAGAGCCUGGAGGGGACCAGGACCCCGUGCAGUUGCUCAGUGGCUUCCCCCGGCGGGCCUUCUCAGAGGCUGACAUGGAACGGCCUCUGCAGGAGCUGGGACUUGUGCCUUCUGCUGUCCUCAUUGUGGCCAAGAAAUGUCCCAGCUGAGAGGCCUUUAUCCCACCAUCCCUCUCUGACAUCUUCAUGUUUGAUAGAGCACUGACAUCUCCUUCCUAAUAAAUAGACCCUCUGAGUUCUGUA